CGCCAUCCGCCGUUGGUGACACUGAAAGCCGCGUUAUAGCUGACGUUUAUCUUCCGCUUCUGCAUAUAUCCUCAUACCAUUUCCUGUGGGCUCUUUCCUUUCACUGGGUUACACGAUCGACGUGUAACCUCAGUUUAGACGCGUAUAUUUUUCCAAAAUGGGGUUCGUUAAAGUAGUGAAGAAUAAGCAGUACUUCAAGAGGUACCAAGUCAAGUUCAAGAGGCGUCGUGAAGGAAAGACCGACUACUUCGCCCGCAAGCGUCUUAUCGCCCAGGACAAGAACAAAUACAACACCCCCAAAUACCGUCUUGUCGUCCGUUUCUCCAACCGCGACAUUACUUGCCAGGUUGCAUACUCCAGGAUUGAGGGUGACAAAAUUCUGUGCGCCGCUUAUGCUCAUGAACUCCCUCAGUAUGGCGUCAAGGUUGGUCUCACCAACUACGCUGCCGCUUACUGCACUGGCCUGCUCCUCGCCCGCAGACUUCUGUCCCAGCUUGGUCUGGAUAAACUUUACAUCGGCUCUACAGAAGUUACUGGUGAAGAGUUCAAUGUAGAAGCAGUUGAGGAUGGACCUGGUGCCUUCAGGUGUUACCUUGAUGUUGGUCUAAUGCGAACCAGCACUGGUGCUAGAGUAUUUGGUGCCAUGAAGGGAGCUGUUGAUGGUGGUUUAAAUAUUCCUCACAGCACUAAGAGGUUCCCUGGUUUCGAUUCUGAAUCCAAGGAAUUCAAUGCCGAUGUCCACCGUCAGCACAUCUUCGGCCAGCAUGUCGCUGAGUACAUGCGUCAGCUUGCUGAGGAAGAUGAUGAGGCUUACAAACGCCAGUUCUCCCAAUACAUCAAGCUUGGCCUCAAUGCUGAUGCUAUUGAGGGUCUUUACAAGAAGGCUCAUGAGGCUAUUAGAGCUAACCCUGCCCGCAAGACUGUUGCCAAGAAGGCGCAUCCCAAGAAGAGAUGGACAGAGAAGAAACUUACCCGCGAACAGAGGCAGGGUAAGGUUGCCGCAGCUAAGGCUGAAUGGCUCAAAAAGAUUGAGGCUGGUGAAGUUGAAUAAACUUGAUUUGUUGGGAAUUAUUAAAGGAGCCUAUUAUCUAA